AUGGACUCAGAAACCCGCACAUGGACUGAUUAUUUCUUCUCCAACUACCAGCCCUCUUUUGAUCUCACGAAUUCAAGCUUUGAUCCGGAGACCUUCCAGCAGUUCCAGUAUAAGCAACGCCACUGGCGCUUGGGAAGGAGACUAGAUGAACGUGAUUUCUCCUAUCGCGAACAGCCCCCCGCCUUGGUUCGGCGGCUCUAUGCAAAAACGAGAGAGGGCACAGUGAAAUAUGCAGCCAAAACAUGUAUCACGAAGAUCAAGCAAGGAUGCAACUUCGCCGAAUUUCCUCGUCACGACACUCUGUCGAUAUGGUCAGAAGCCAACUGGAUCCUUUCCUAG